AUGACCUCGUCGAACCCGCCGUUCCAGUCCGCGCUGCUCGCGGGCGCCCUCGCCGGCACCACCGUCGACCUUUCGCUCUUCCCCCUCGACACCCUCAAGACGCGCCUGCAGUCGUCGGCCGGCUUCUUCCCCUCCGGCGGCUUCUCCGGCAUCUACCGCGGCAUCGGGUCCGCCGUCGUCGGGUCCGCCCCGGGCGCCGCCUUCUUCUUCUGCACCUACGAGUCCGUCAAGGGCCUGCUCGCCGACCGCCUGCCCCGCGGUGAAGGCCACCCGUCAUGGCACGGCCCCGUAACCCAUAUGCUCGCCGCUAGCGCCGGUGAGAUUGCCGCCUGCUCGAUACGCGUGCCCACCGAGGUCGUCAAGCAGCGUGCCCAGGCCGGCCACCACGGAGGUUCGUCCGGGGCGGCCCUGCGUGCCAUUCUCGGCCGCUACGGUACCCACGGCCUGACUGCCAUGUGGCGCGAGCUGUACCGCGGCUGGGGAAUCACCGUGUUCCGCGAGGUGCCCUUCACCGUCAUCCAAUUCCCGCUAUGGGAGGCAAUGAAGUCAUGGGGUCGGCGUCGGCGCGGCGGGCGGGAGGUUACUGCCGGAGAGAGCGCCCUGUACGGAAGCAUGGCUGGCGGCGUGGCAGCUGCGUUGACAACACCCCUGGAUGUGCUCAAGACUCGUGUUAUGCUCUCCAAGGAGCGGGUGUCAGUGGCCGAGGUCUUCGGGCGAUUAGCCCGAGAGGAGGGCGUCCGGCCAUUCUUCGCCGGUAUUGCGCCGCGAGUGACUUGGAUAUCAAUUGGAGGCGCCAUCUUCCUGGGAAGCUACCAAUGGGCCAUUAACACCAUGCACGGGCUGGCCUGA